AUUUGUGAAAUUUCCAAUGCCCGUCGUAGAAUAUUCUACAAAGGAUAUAGGGUACUAAUUGAAGAAUUUGAAGAAGGAUUACCUGUUAAAUUAGUUCUUAAACAAGGUGGUGGAGUAUAUGACAAUGUGAUUGCAAAUACUGGCAAGUCUAGACGCAUUUCUC